CAAUCAAAUAGCCGUCAAAUUCUAAUGAAGCUGUUGUUUUUUUAUUAAAUGCUCGUGAAAUUUGUGCUUAAGCUAGACAUUUUUCCCAUUACGUGUUAAAGCAACACCUAUUCAGUCAUUCCGUUUUAUCAGCUUAUUAACACUUUUUUUAAAUUUGUUUUCCUUCAAAUAAUAUGAUGAAGCUUUUGAAGUUGUAUUUGCUGUGCAGUGCGCGAUACGAUCAAUAAUUCCCUCUUCCUGAAGAGGGAAAACGAGACUAACCUAACCAACGUACAGUUAAACAAUGGAACACAGUUAUUCACGUGACUUUCGUCCAAUGGAUAACAGCCAGGUGGCCUCAACCAGGACACUGAUGGUGCAUCGACCACCACCGUGUCCUUCCUGUCAUACCCACAGCCAUGACGAGCGGAUCGAUUUGGAGGAAUCAUACAAUCCGCCGAUACCAUCGUACAAUGAAGAGACCGCAAAAAUAGCGAUGUUGGAGAGCGAGAAUAUUACGAAACAGGUUCGUAAUCUCAACUCAGAGGAUAUUGAUUGGGAGGAAAAAGUGAACAAACUUGGUUGGUCUGUUCAGCAAAUUAAAUUAUUUGGUAAGAUUACCAAAUUACUGGAUAUGGAUCGAUUGGCAAGAUUAACUAUCGCUGAUAAACAGCACGAACCUGUACACCGUCGUAUGGUUAUAGACAAAUCCGUCAGCCGUAUACGACAGGCUUUGGCCAGUGUUUCGUGGGAUCCUCGGCUGACGCAGUGGAUUCACGGAUUGUUGAUGGAAAAUCUACCACCGAGCUAUUUGGCAUCCUACAUUGACAUCUUGCAAACAUUGAAAGCCAAAUUGCCUAAUUUGGUGGAUAAAAUGAUAUUCAGCCGGCCAUUGAAUAUCAACCAGGAACUUUUGGGUCCGGUUUUAAAGAAACCGUGGGAGCCGGUUGUUGCUCACAAAAACCGGAAACUUCCCGGGCAGCCAUUCAUUGUAGUGGUUCCUUCUGGCCCUAAUAUGACGUCACCGAGUACACGAUUACAGAAGUGGUAUUCACUGUUCGCCACGAUGGCCUCUGUCAUACCGAUUACGAUGCCUCCACAAGGAGCUGCGGUUUUGAAGCAUACAAUCCAAAGCGUUUCCGAGCAGAUGGUAGCCGUGACGCGUACAAAAAUACAUGAUGUGCGUCAAGAGGCUCCUAAUCGUCCCAUUAUUUUGGUAGGAUUCAACGCCGGAGCGGCGUUAGCGAUUCAAGUAGGGCUUGUCGAAGCAGUGAGUUGUAUUGUUGGUUUGGGUUUUGCUUAUAACACCGUUAACGGACCGAGAGGAGCUCCGGAUGAUCACAUUACGGAUAUUACAGCACCGGUGUUGUUCGUAAUUGGACAGUUUUCCGCCAGAACAAGUCAAGAAGAAAUAGAGUUCCUGCGGGAGAAAAUGAUUGCCCAAACAUCGCUUGUUGUUGUUGGUUCGGCUGACGAUUGCCUUCGAGUAUGCAAAUCAAAGCGAAAAAUUGAGGGUGUUACUCAGUCUAUGGUGGAUAACAUGGUAAUGGAUGAGGUUGCCGAAUUUGCUACAAACUGUCUGCUCAAUCCACCUCGACCGAAGCAAACGAUUAAGGAUCCGAAUGGUCAGAAAUCUAAUUUGCUGCUCUCAAAUAAUAGCAGCAAUUUAGCAGCUACAGCGAGGCCUGCCUCAAUUACUUCCGGCGGAAAUAUCAAUACAAGCGGUACGUCAGCGUACAAUCGAAAGCGUAAAGUAAGUCUAUCCGCGGACUUGGCAGAUCAAACGAAAGCAACAAAAACAAGCAAACAACCUGCUAAAAGAACAUCUAAGUCCCAGAAACAAACUAAGGCUGAAAAGUUAGUGCUCAAACAGAAUCAGCAAGCUUUGGAUGCAGCCAUUCAGAGUAUUCUCCCCGAAGUUCAAAAGCCUGCUGGAUUAUCCGUUACAAGAACGCCUGGACCUGUAACCAAUAUACAAAUUUCCUCUAAUAGCAAUAAUCUAGAGAUUCGCCAUACACCCGGUUCACAGGUAGUGUCCGGUAUAGGCAGUUCUCCAAUAGUUCUUCCGAUGAUCAAGCGCGAACCUACAAAUCUGCAACAGCAACCUCAACAGAUCCAAUCUCAAUCAACGGCGGCUACAAACAUCAAAGUGAUUCCGGCGAACCAAUUUAUUCAGUUGAAACCAUCCGGAACAACGCAAAAGUUUUUCACCCUCAAAUCUUCCCCGAAACCUGUAGUUUCGGUAACUCCGAGGCCUCCCAGUGCAACUCCAACUCCACAGUCGAAACAAUCACAAUCAUUUAGUCCCACAAAAUUCACGAUUGUUCGAAGCUCCGGAGGUGUUUCGACUUCUACAACACCCACGUCGGCUGCAACUUUAAAUUCCACAAGGUCGCCACAUACGCCCGAUUUGUCAAAUACCAGCAUUUUUGAUAUUCCGAUUGUGUUUGCCGACAAUGAAGGUAACAUUCAGGAUGGCUCUUCGCAAAAGGUAUACGAUGUCCCCAAAGCACCAACAAAUAUUGUGACCAUUACAUCUACGGCGACUACCUCAAUCCCAAGUAAAAUAGAACCAGUCAAUCGAUUGAUAACGUUGCAGCCAACUUUGAAAUCGAACAAAGUUGUAGUUAUCAACAAAAAUAAUAUCAAACAGGUUCCGACCAAUGUUAUCGCUGCAGCCACAGCGUCGAAACCAUUGGGUGGUACACCUUCCGGAAUGAAGUACACAAAAGUGGUACUGUCUAAUCCCUUAACCAAAACUGCGUCAGUUACAACUCCAACAGCGGUUACCAGAAAUCUUGGCCAAAUACUGUCUGGUGGGAAGGUGGAAAUUCUAAACAAUGCUAUCGUCAAGCCAGCGGUCGUCCCUCAACAAAAGUUUCAACCGAUAAUCAUAAAUGUGGAUCCCAAUAAAACGACCACCAUGAAAAACUUUGUGCGAGUUGGCGAAACACAAAUCCGGUCGAUCGGUGCUGCAACUACUGCACCGAAUACAACGGUCACCACGUCACGGGGAGCAAUCUUCGGUGCAAACACUGCAUCUCCACAGCUCGCUCCCGGUAUCCCGGGAACGAAUACCAUUCUCAUCAAAACCAACUCUUUGUCCCAGUUGACAACAAGAAAGCCAGCUAUUCUGAACCGUAAUAUCACUGUGAGGAAGGUAAAUAUCGUGCCACAACAAACUGCUGGCACCAGUGCCACAGCGGUGGUAUCGUCAGCCACACCGAUGCUAGCUAGCAGAACACUACAGCAACCACAAAACAGGCCUAAUGCGCCACCUUAAAUUUGAAAAAAAAACAUAAAUAAGAUGUAUGAGUUACACCAUUACUUUUGUACGAUAGACAUAAACAUCCGUUGUGGGAUAUAGAAGAUUAGUUGCUCA